UUUUUACAGGGUCUGAAUGGUUUUGAGGAAUUAAGGAAGUAUAUCAAACAAGGGAGUGAAUUCUGUAAGGAAGUGUCGGCCAUUAUCCAGGAAAGGGCUGACCUAGAGGGAAAUUACGCAAAACAUCUCAACAAACUCAGUCAGAAACUUGUAAAAGCCACAACAGGAAAUUUAGGAACCUUAGCUGACGGAUGGCGGUCAGUGGCCAGUGUCAUGGAGCAGGAGGCGGAGCUUCACAAGAAUUUAGGUCAGGCAUUGGCUGAAGAGAUUAGUAAACCAUUAAAAUCUUUGGUGGAAACCCAGAACAAGGCCAGAAAACCAAUAGAGGCAACAGUGGACAAAAGUCUAAAGACCCUAACAGACAAAAGAACAGAAGAAACCAAGGCUAAGAAGCAAUGUUAUAUCCACGCCAAAGAAAGUGAGAAAGGAGAGGAACUAAGGUCGGAUACCAGUAAAGGGAAAACUGAGAAAGACAAGCACAAAAUAGAGAAGAAAUGUGACCAGAUGAGGAAACAGCUGAGGAAAUCUGACAAGGAUUACUGUGAAUUAUGUGAAAAGGCAGAGACAGCAAGACAAGAGUGGGAGUUCAAUGUUGCCAAGGGAAGUUCACAGCUGCAGACCUUAGAUGAAGAAAGACUAGCCAAGAUGGCUGACUACCUCAAUCAGUAUAAUAGUCACUUGUCAGUCAUGGCACCUCGCCUACAAACCAGUUGUGAUAAAUUACACGAGUCAGUGAUAUCAGUUGACAUCCAGGAGGAUUUGAAGGCGGUGGCUAAACAGCGAGGGACUCAGGGCACACCCCCAGAACAAAUAUUAUUAGACUGCUACGCAGAAGACUUGCAGUUCAAUAUGAAUGCAGAGAGGAGAAAGAAUGCCUUACAGAACUACCUUCUAUAUUUACGACAGUCUCUAGAACGGGAGAAGAAGGGAAAAGAAGGGGUGGAGAAAUUAGUCGGGGUUUAUAAAGAACGACCAAAUUUUGCUGACCAGGACGCGCAAGAGGAUGCCAGACAAAGAUUGUGCCAGGUGAUGUUUAUGAUGAAUUUCCUAGAAGCUAGUCAUUAUAAAAUAGCCUCCGUGUUAGCCAAGCUAGAAUGCCAACCAAAGCUUGAGCAUAAGUUUGCCAAGUACAUAGAAACAGUCAGGGAUAAACAGGGAAUUCCGACCAGUGUCCUGCGUCUACCAAUCAACAUAGCUCUGGAGGGGAAUUCCGGCUAUGAUGUUACCUCGGUAACUGUUGGAGCUCUAGCCAAUCAAACACAGUCUGAUCCAUACGAGGAACCAUUUGCUGAUGACGAAUUUGAGGAUGUUGUUGACAGUCACGUGAUUGGUCGAUGUCGAGCCCUUUAUGAUUAUGAUGCCAAUAGGAAUGAUGAACUGACGAUUAGAUACGGUGAUGUAAUAAACGUUUAUGAUAAACAGUUAGACGGCUGGUGGCAGGGAGAAUUACAUGGACGAGUUGGGAUAUUUCCCGCGACAUACGUGGAGGAGAUAUGAGAUAUUAUUGCACAAUAUGACACUCCGGAUAUCUCCAAAAUAUCUAAAAAUAGAUAUAAUGACCUUGACCUGGAAAUGGUUGUGUGGAACAAGUCAUCUGUUGCAGAAUUUUUUUAAGUUCAAGGACAAGAGACUCGGUGACCUUGAUAUUUGGAAAAUUGUGAUUCACAAGGUGAUCUGAAGGAAUAUUAAUUGUGACCUUUAUAUAAAGGUCUACCUCGCAGUCUGGAAAGAAAAAAACUUUCUGUUUUAAGUAUUUGAUACAGAAGGAGAUGCGUCCAUAUUUUAGUAGUGAGCCCUUGUAUAUUAUUCAAAAUUGACAUUAUAUGAUAUGAGUAAAAGGAAGUUCUAUACAAACACUUGCCAUUAAAGUGUAUUUAUAUAUAUAAAGAAGAAAAAGUGCUAUAAUUGUUGAAUUUCAUCCAGGAUGUGCUUAUGUAGGUGUAAAUGGUUUCUUGUGGGUAUGAAGCUUAACACUAUUUAUUCACUUGUUAUAUAUAAUGGUUUAUUAUUUAGUUUAUUAAUAUAUAAGCUGUGUUCAAAUGAAUUGCAUAAAAUACACAUGAAAAGCAUAAUAUGUAUGCUCCAUAUUGUUGGAAUUUCCUCCAAGAAAAUGUGUUCAUAUGCCACUUUCAUUGUUAAUGUGAAUAUUUAAUUGAAAAAUUCUUUGGCCACCAAUUUGUGAAGAUUUAAAAAAAAAAUAUAGUUGCUGUUUUAAACAUAGUCCAGGCUUUGUUGUAUGUAUCUGUUUCACUAAAAAGAACAUGAGUGUUAUAUUGUUUCAUGGAACAAAGUAUUUAGCAUGGUUAAGUACAGGUAUUCUUGUUUCCUGAUUUUUAGGGGAAGAAGAAAAAGGAAAUAAAAGGUUACUAACUUCUCAAGAUAAAAUGUCUUCCAGAAGGAUUGAGUACUUAAUUGUUACAUUAUUUCUUUCUACAUUAAUUAUUAUAUAAUUGUGAAAUUAACUUUUAAAUAUUUCAGUUGAAAAUCACAUAAGGUUGUAUAUUUCCACCUAUAAUUUUGUUGAUUUUUAUUAAAGUGUAAAAUUGAUUAGCAACUGAUUAUGUAUGAUAAUUUGAAGAAAGGACUUAUUUAAAAAAUGAUUUAAUAUAUGCUUGCUAUCAUAUUGAAUGUUGAUUUGCUAAUUCAAUCAUGAUAGAAUUCAAUCAGUU